AUCAGCGUAACGAAGACGCGAUUGCGAAACAAGCUGACAGAACGUGAACAAGCCGCUGCCAGGUUAUCUUUGAUGCAGAACACGGCCGUCAAAACUAUCGCAAAUCAAGGACGGAUGACUACGACAGUGAAGCUCCCGAAACUUGAGAUAACGAAAUUCCAAGGGGACAUACGAGCAUGGCAAGGAUUUUGGAGCCAAUUUGACUGCACCAUUCACCAGAACGAAGUUCUCUCGGAAAUCGACAAGUUCAAGUACCUCAAAAGCUACCUGACCGGAAAAGCUGCUGCGGCAAUUGAGGGACUCGCCGUUACUGCCGAGAACUAUAAAGUUGCAAUCAUCCUCCUGAAGGAAAGAUUUGGUCAACAGGAGCUGAUCAUCGAAAGUUAUCUGUCACGGCUUCUAGAGAUCAAACCAGUCCAUGACUCCAGGAACGUCAAUGCGCUCAGAGCGUUAUACGAUGAAGUGGAGACGGGAGUUCGAAGUCUUGACGCCCUGGGGGUUCAAUCGGAUACCUAUGGAACGAUGCUCCUUACCGUUCUUCGAAAGGUCGUGCCGGCCGAUCUGAGCUUGGAGUACAACCGGAGGUCCGCCUCACGAACAGCGACAGAACACAACGAGCUGAGAGACUUUCUGGACUUCCUGAAAAUCGAGAUAGAAAGCCGAGAAAGAAGCUUAUAUGGGUCAGGACAUUCCGUGCCACGAACCGAGGAUCAAAGAACCUUUCGUGCAAGGAGAGAUCAGCAGAGUCGUUAUCCUCCUUCUGCGUCUGUACUAACAACAGCAGCAGGCCUGGAUGAAAAGAACUGUGUGUUCUGCAAAUCAGGUGCUCAUCUGACUGCGGACUGCACAUCCUCAAUGACCAACGACGAACGCAAGCGUGUUCUGAAGGCUGAAAACCGAUGUUAUCGUUGCACCAAGAAAAACCAUCGAGCAAAGGAUUGCAGAAGUGCAAAGUGGCUGAAGUGUGCGCAGUGUGCAGGGAGACACGCAAGUGCCAUGUGCGACCCGAACUUCAAGCCUCAGCAUAAGACUACGGUAAAAGAAAUGGCGAACACCGGUGAAACAUCAACUUCGGAGGGAACGACACUCCAGUCAACGCUCAAGAUAACAAACGGAGAAAGGAACAGUGGAGCGCGAGUACUUCUGCAGACAGCUCAAGCCUGGGCAGAAGGUGAAAGAGAGCGUUGCCGGAUUAGACUUCUCAUCGACGGAGGAAGUCAGCGGACUUUUAUUCGCCAAACCGUUUCCAAGAGGCUUCACCUGAAGGAACUGGGUGAGGAGGACUUGACGAUUUUCACGUUUGGAGACGCAGCAACGAAAACGAAAUGCAAGCGAGUGGAACUGUGGCUCCGCAGCCAAUACGACAGAAGAUGCGUAAAAAUAGAAGCCCUCGAGGUUCCUCACAUCUGCUCAGAUGUCAUGAACAACCCCUCCGAGGAACUGCGGGGGCUGCCUGACGAUAUGAACCUCGCGGACGUGGAGCUCUGGGGCAAUCCAUGCGAGGAGGGAAUCAGCCUUCUCAUCGGAGCCGAUCACUUCUGGGACAUUGUGAACGGCGGAGUCAAGCGCUUGGAUGGGAAGCUGAUGGCAGUCGACACCAUCCUCGGGUGGACACUUCAGGGUCCCCUUACCUCUACUUCUGCGACAAUCUACUCGUCAACAACUGGAGUGAUGAGGGUGACUGUGUCCGAUACAAACGACGCGGAAAGUUCGGCUCAGCUCAGAUCAUUCUGGGAACCUGAGCACAUAGGAAUAGCUGACAACGUGACGAAGAUUUCAGAGACGGAGUUGCUCAGCGAAUUCAAGAAAUCCGUAAAGUUUGAGAACGAACGGUACCAAGUUUUACUGCCAUGCAAUGAAGAAGGCUGGCCAAGUCAAGUGGAAAAUGCUUGCCAGGUUGCGGACAACAAAGCAGAAGAAAGGAAGGCAAUGGUGUUACAAGUAACAGCACCAGCUCUGUUUCCAGUUUUCGACUUCGAAAGGUACAACUCGGCAACCAAGGUGAUCCGCGUAACUGCCUGGAUCAAACGUUUCGUGAAGAAUUGUGCCAAGGCAGCAGACAAACAAAGCGGACCUCUCUCAAGCGAAGAACUGAUAGAAGCCGAAACGUAUUGGCUUACCAUUGCACAAAACGAGACUUUUGUGCCAGAAAUCACGAGCUUGCGUGAAGACAAACAAGUUGACAGGAAAUCGACUCUCAGGAAUUUGAACCCUUUCUUGGACAGCGACGGAUUGGUUCGA